UAAUCCAACAGCCAGAGAUGUGCUGCAAUGGCAUGGUGAUGAUGGAGCCUUGCGCUUUCACCCCAGCGCCCUGCAGGAGCUGACGCCAUGGUUCUCUGUGAUGCUGCACAACUCCUGCCUUGCCUCAAAAGCCCGAGGCAGGGGCAGCCUCUCGGAUGCAAGUAGAAGCGCAACGCAGUUCCCUUCUGCUGUGGUGAUCUGACAGGAACGUUAGCCCAAAGACUCAUGUUGUUCGUAGUCCACUGGCAAAGCAAAAAGAGACAUCACAAGUGAAGCCUUUCUACUGUCCUCAAGUGGCAUUUGGUCAGGCUGAUAACAGAAGGAAAAGGUGCAGCAUUCUUAUUAAACACUCUAUCUUUAAACUGUGAGACACCAUUAAACCUUUACCACAGACAUGAAGUCCAGAGACAGUUACACAAGGGAACAGCAGAACGUCUACGCUAAUGGCCCAGCCCGAACCGCAGUGCUAUGGAUACGCCGCCAGGCCCCGGACGUUCGGCUGCACAGCGCAGGGACCCCAGGGUGGCGUCCGGGAGCUGACAAGAGUGGGCAGCAGCAACCUGUCAGAGGACCACUGCUCGCAGAACAUGGAGGUGUGAGCGAUGCCGUUUGUCCUGGACACAGGCAAGUAGUGCGGCGAGCAGGGAAAUGCCCCGAACCCGCCUAACGGGUGAUCCCCAGCCACUCUUUGCCUAGAUGGGGAUGGGUGCUUCUGUUUGCGGAGAUACAGGCCCGAGGAUAUCUCAGACGGCUCCAGUGAGCUCUGUCCGGCUGCUGGCGUGCCCAGCAGAAGGUGGCCGCGGCCCUAGAAGGCGGAUCGAGGGCACCUCUUUGUCUAUCGCCCGCACCCACGACCGAGCGCCCCGUGUUCCCCCAGCCGCGAGUCCGCCGGCGCAGCGCUACCAUCUUUCCACCGCCCCCUCCCUGGAGGCCGCGGACCGACAGCUGCCGCCGCGCUUCAGUCCCUUUCCUCACGGCACCCCGGAUCCCGCCAGGCCGCCCCCGCCGCGGCCGGGAGCAGGUAGCGAAGAACGGGAGGCCAAAGGCCGCCGCGGCAGCACAGCGGCACACCCCGCCGAGCCGCGGGGCCCGCCGCAGCGCUCCGCAGCAGGCACUGCCCCGUCGCCCCCAAGAAGGGAGAACUGUCAGGGCAGCGCGGCCGUAAGGCGGAUCGGGCCCCGCUGGCCCCACACACCCACGAGUGCAGUGCCCGGCACCACCACCUCCCUGUCCCCCGCGCCGGCGGGCACCUUACCGUGCGGGCAGUGGCGGAGACCAGCUCCGGGCCGGCGUGCUGGCCGCUGCCGGAAGGAGGGGCCCGGGGCGGGAACGGGCGCUACGGGGGUCGGGCCGACGCCGCCGGGGCCAUGGGGCGGGCAGGGGUGGACACGUGACCGGAAGAAGCCGCGGGGCGCCGGGAGGGCGGGGAGGGGCCGGAGCCCGUCUCACGUGACAGGGGAGCAGGCCGCCACGCGCGGCCUCAGGGUCACGUGA